AUGCUCAGCAAGUUUGUUCCUGAAGUAAAAACAAAGUAUGAAUCAUUAAUUGAUGACUGGAAGACUUAUAAAAAUGACCAGAAAUUGGAAGAAAGUGCAAAUGAGGAUUUGCUGUUGGUAAGCUCAGAUGAUUUGUCCAAACUCGUCACCGAAGUCCAACAGAAGGCCACAGUACCACCAAAACCUAAAGUUACAAGAAGCAGCGCUGCUUCACUGCAUGCCACAGAAAAGCUGAAAGAGGAGUUAAAACAGUGUAGACAGCAGAUACAGAACCACAUGGCAGAAAUAUCGUAUCUAAGGACGCGAUGUGAAACAGCGGUGGCGGAGUGUCAGCAGGAAAAACAGGAGAACAUCCGAUUACGUCAUGAGGUGGAUUUGCUGACUCAGCAGUUAUCUCAACAAUCGGAGUACUGCUCCAGUCUUGGAUCCGCCUGCUGUACUUUGUUGUGGCGAGUGUCCAAAAACGAGAACACCAUACAGUCCAUACUUGUUGGGAGUAAAGUAGAGGAGUUCUUGACACUCAUUUCGAACACGCUCAAUAGUUACGUCAUGACUUACAAAUCUGAUUGGCCAGACUCCAAAUCGGAAGAGAGUCAGUUUGUACACGCUCUCUGUGGCGUCAUCACAAACAUUGCAGCCUCUGCUUUUGGACGCGAUUAUUUAAUUAACAACCCAUGUGGACUUCAAGUGAUUGACACUUAUAUUACUGUACUGGAACAGGCGCCCAACGGGAAAAGUGCACGACUAAAGAACCUCAUCGUGAUGGCGUUGUACAACCUAAGCAUCAAUCAGAAGGGAAUAAAAUACCUGUCCUCCAAACGAGGGCUCAUGAAGUUGUUGGCCUGGCUUCUACAAGACGAGACUGCAACAGAAAACCAAGUGAACACUCUCAGACUAAUACAAUCUUUGAUAUCGGUGGACUACAGCCUUAACAUCAUACACGAGCUAUUAGAAGAGCUACCCAAGUCUGUCCUUCAGGAGCUAGGGGUGGAUAAAAACAAAGAAAUCAGAGAACUGGUCAGAGAUAUUACAGACGACAUUCAGCACCAAGUUAGACACGAACAGUAACUCAACACAGACACAAAACAAAGAAAUCAGAGAAUUGGUUAGAGAUAUUACAGACGACAUUCAGCACCAAGUCAGACACGAACAGUAACU